GGACGAUUUCGGAUGCUGGCUCUCUAGCGGUCCAGGGAAAGCGGAAAAUCGGAAAAUCGGGAAAGCGCUGAGCAGAUCGGGCCCCCAAGAACCGAGUUCAAGUCGAGUGAUAAAAGCCAAAAGAGGAAAGCGAGAAAAUACGAACCGGAGUCGCGCGCAUUAAGUGAUAAUAAAGUAGCGGCAAUCAUUUUUAAAAUUCUGUGCCAGCUUAUGCAAAUGUAAAAGUCGCUUAAGAGCCAAUUCCCAAAUAUUUCUCAAGUUUCUCGCCCAAAAGGAAAAAGCUAAGCGAAAAAGCCGCAAUUUAAGUGUGCUGUGUGUGACCAAACAACUUACAAGCCGCCGACAAAAAAUAAAAAGAAGGAAAAUAAAUCUCGAGGACUGGAGAGGAAUUGUAAGCCGCAAAUGAACAGCGACAAAUGCUCGUCCCUCUUUUUUGCAGCACAAAUUAUGCAAAUGCUGCGCUAAGUGCGGCAAAAUGCUGGCAAUGCCGGCGACGACAAGCAACAACUACAACUGCAACUGUGGAAAAUAAGCGGAAAAGCGGAAUUAGCAGCAAAAGUAACAACAAGCGGAGGAGCAGUCCUGUUCCGCAGGAAUAGCAAGGAUACAGCAGUAACAACAAGGCAGCGAAGGCAGCAUCAGCCGCAGUAUCAACGGGCUGCAAAAUGCGCUUUGGCUUAAAGUUGAGCUGCCUUUGGCCAAGCAUUUUAUUAUGGCUAACAUGGAGCAGGGGCGGCGGCUGGGGAGUCAGCGCACAGCCAUCAUUAACCGAGAAAAUCCCAUUAGGUGCCAUCUUCGAGCAGGGAACCGACGAGGUGCAGUCGGCCUUCAAGUACGCGAUGCUCAAUCACAACCUCAACGUCUCGUCCCGCAGAUUCGAGCUGCAGGCCUACGUGGAUGUGAUCAACACGGCGGAUGCCUUCAAAUUGUCACGACUGAUCUGCAACCAGUUCUCCAGGGGCGUAUAUUCGAUGCUGGGCGCCGUCUCGCCCGACUCCUUCGACACCCUGCACUCCUACUCGAACACCUUCCAGAUGCCCUUCGUGACGCCCUGGUUCCCCGAGAAGGUGCUUACGCCAUCGUCUGGCUUCCUCGACUUCGCCCUCAGCAUGCGCCCGGAUUAUCAUCAGGCCAUCAUUGAUACAAUACAAUUUUAUGGCUGGCGCAAAAUAAUUUAUCUCUACGAUUCCCACGAUGGUCUGCUGCGCCUGCAGCAAAUAUACCAGGGCCUGCGGCCCGGCAACGAGUCCUUCCAAGUGGAGCUGGUCAAGCGCAUCUCCAAUGUCAGCAUGGCCAUCGAGUUCCUGCACACGCUGGAGCAGAUCGGCCGGUUCGAGAACAAGCACAUCGUCCUGGACUGCCCCACGGAAAUGGCCAAGCAAAUACUAAUCCAGCAUGUCCGCGAUUUGCGCUUGGGCCGACGCACCUACCACUAUUUGCUGAGUGGUUUGGUCAUGGACGAUCGCUGGGAGAGCGAGAUAAUCGAAUUUGGUGCCAUUAACAUCACGGGCUUUCGCAUAGUGGACACGAACCGGCGGCUGGUGCGGGAGUUCUACGACAGCUGGAAGCGUCUGGACCCCCAGAUGAGCGUGGGCGCUGGCCGUGAAUCGAUUUCGGCCCAGGCAGCCCUCAUGUACGACGCCGUUUUUGUCCUGGUGGAGGCGUUCAACAAAAUCCUGCGCAAGAAGCCCGACCAGUUCCGGAACAAUGUGCAGCGUCGGAGCCAGACGCUGAUGGUGGCCCAGGCGGCGGCCUCGACGUCCGGCGAUGGCUACAACUACAGUGCCAGCGGAGGGGGUGGUGGUUUUGGCAAUGGCGGGGCGGGCGGCGGAUUCGCCGGCAGCGAUUCCGGCGGAUCCGGUGGCAUGGCCUCGCGAGCACUGGACUGCAACACGGCCAAGGGCUGGGUGAACGCCUGGGAGCACGGCGAUAAAAUAUCGCGUUAUUUGAGAAAGGUGGAAAUCGAGGGCCUAACCGGGGACAUCAAAUUCAACGAUGACGGCAGACGCGUCAAUUACACGCUGCACGUCGUCGAGAUGACAGUAAACAGCGCCAUGGUCAAGGUGGCCGAGUGGAAUGACGAUGCCGGCCUGCAGCCCCUAAACGCCAAGUACGUCCGACUGCGUCCGCACGUGGAGUUCGAGAAGAACCGCACCUACAUAGUGACCACUGUCCGGGAGGAGCCCUACAUCAUGGAGAAGCAGGCGGCCUUCGGGGAGAAGCUGCACGGCAACGAGCGCUACGAGGGCUACUGCAAGGACCUGGCCGAUCUGCUGGCCAAGGAGCUGGGCAUUAACUAUGAGCUGCGCCUGGUCAAGGAUGGCCAUUACGGCUCGGAGAAGUCCAGUGCCCACGGCGGCUGGGACGGCAUGGUGGGGGAGCUGGUGCGCAAGGAAGCGGAUAUUGCGAUUGCCGCCAUGACGAUUACCGCCGAGCGCGAACGUGUCAUCGACUUCAGCAAGCCGUUCAUGUCGCUGGGCAUCUCCAUCAUGAUUAAGAAGCCAGUGAAGCAGACGCCCGGCGUGUUCAGCUUCAUGAAUCCUUUAUCGCAGGAAAUUUGGGUGAGCGUCAUCUUCAGCUACAUCGGCGUGAGCAUCGUGCUGUUCUUUGUGUCGCGCUUCUCGCCGCAUGAAUGGCGCCUCGUGCAACAGCCGCAGCAAUCCCAGUCGCCAGAUCCGCAUGCACAUCACGAACAGCUUGCCAAUCAGCAGCCGCCCGGCAUCAUCGGAGGUGCGCCCCUGCCCGCUCCGCCCGGCCCACCCACUCCGGGCGCCCAGACGGCAGCCGGAGCCGCUGCCCUGCAGGCCGCCCUUGCCGCCGGAAGUCCCGGGACCGGAGGCUCCUCCUCGACGGCAGUGAACGAGUUCAGCGUGUGGAACUCCUUCUGGUUCUCGCUGGCCGCCUUCAUGCAGCAGGGAUGCGACCUGUCGCCGAGGUCCGUGUCCGGACGCAUUGCAGCCGCCUCGUGGUUCUUCUUCACCCUGAUACUCAUCUCCUCGUACACGGCCAACCUGGCCGCCUUCCUCACCGUGGAGCGCAUGGUCACGCCGAUCAAUUCGCCGGAGGACCUGGCCACGCAGACGGAGGUGCAGUACGGCACGCUGCUGCACGGCUCCACCUGGGACUUCUUCCGGCGCUCCCAAAUCGGACUGCACAACAAGAUGUGGGAGUACAUGAACUCGCGGAAGCACAACUUCGUGCUCACCUACGACGAGGGGAUCGAACGCGUGCGCAACUCCAAGGGCAAGUACGCCCUGCUGGUGGAGUCCCCCAAGAACGAGUAUGUGAACGCCCGCGAGCCCUGCGACACAAUGAAAGUGGGCCGCAAUCUGGAUACAAAGGGAUUUGGCAUCGCCACGCCGCUCGGUUCGGCGCUCAAGGACCCCAUCAAUCUGGCCGUGCUGACGCUGAAGGAGAACGGCGAGCUGAUCAAGUUGCGCAACAAAUGGUGGUACGAGAAGGCGGAGUGCAACCCCCACAAGGACGGGGAGGCCUCGCACAGCGAGCUGUCGCUGAGCAAUGUGGCCGGGAUAUUCUACAUACUGAUUGGCGGCCUGCUUGUCAGCGUGUUCGUGGCCAUCCUGGAGUACUGCUUCCGCAGCAAGGACUCGCGCUCCGCGUCCGGAGGUUCCGGCAUGGGCAUGGGCAUGGGAAUGGGAAUGGGCAUGGGACUGGGCGGCGUGGGCGGCGGCAGCCUGGGCAAGGCCAAUGGGUCCAUGAUGCUGGGUCCUUCGAGCGCCGGGCCCGGCGGGAUGCCGUCCUCACAUCAAAGGAGCACGCUGACGGACACCAUGCACGCCAAGGCUAAAUUGACCAUUCAAGCGAGUCGCGACUAUGACAAUGGGCGCGUCGGGUAUCUGAAUUGCGCCUCGUUGCAGUACUAUCCGCCCGCCCAGCUAUCGGCCACGCCCCCCGACGCCGGGGACACCCUCCACAUGAACGCCCACGGGCAGGUCUGACACGAGCACGCGCAGGAGUCGCGCCUCUGACGCACUCCCUGCGCCCCCACGAUCCGCCGCAUAAUGGCCAACAGCCGCCAGGAGACGGAGAAGAUGAUGGGCGGUGGAGGUGGCCACGGGGUGACCGUGUCCGUUCCGGCCACCUGCUCGAGCAGCAUGAACGGCAGCCACGAGGGCAGCCUCACCCUGUCGCCGGGCAGCGGGAGUGCCACCCUGAUGCGCCACUCGCCGGACAUCAACCAGCAUCCGUACGGCAAGUAAGUGCUCGGAUGACCCGGAUGGGUUAGCUAUAAGGAGACCUAGUCGUAAGUGCCAGUCGAGAAGCCGAAGGACAUCCGUGAGCAGUCAAAAAAGGAGGGGCGCUCAAUAAAUGCUGCAUACUUUGAGGAUGGAUUUUAAAAGGUUUUAUGUAUAUCACCUGUUUCUUUUUCAAAUUUGCUUAUAAAAAUGUUUAAAUUUUUUAAAAUUUGUAGUUUAAGAACUGGCAGUACUAAUUUAAUAUAAAUUAUUAUUUAAAUAACCAUACACCAAAAUUGUUGUGACGGUUUAAAAGUAAAAGUAAUUUGAAAAUUAACCGACUGCAAAAGCGAAAGCAGAAGAGUGCGUUGCAAAAUACAUAGCACACUUUGGGAGCUAUUGCGUGCCAAAUUUAUGGUUAUUAAUUUGCAGUAAGUGCGCUGAAAUUCAACAAUAAAUCUCGACACCGAGCGAUGCAACAAAGUAUGCAGCUUUAUUUAUGCGACCGCACUCAAACAAUUGCGCUGCGCAAUCAGUUGGCAAGUUUUUUGUUAGCCUGUCAGCAGUGCAAUGCAAAUGAGAAGUAUAAAUUAUUGCAUUACUGUUAACAGUCAGCUGGGCUGAGGAUCGGAUCGUAUGGUAUGGGAUCUAGGCAGGUGGGGCGGGAAAACAAUGAGAGGUGGGCGGGUGGACAACAAGCAAGUGACAACCUACAUGGGGGGGCAAGGACAACACGCAAAACUCGAAAUAACCAUAGACACACAGAUACUCACAUAUAUAUAAACACUGCAAUUCAUUGCAUUCAAAUGACUGAUUAAUAUUUUUAAUAAACAACAAAUGCGCCGCAAGUCAAUAGUUAAAAGGAAAAUUGUGAAAACACGCACAAACACGGGCUAAGUGUUCAUAGCGGGAUAUGCCACGUUCGUUUUUUCUCCUCAAUUAUCGUUGCGGGAUUUGUUGUCGCGUAUUUGUUUAUAAUUAAAUUACAGAAAAUACUGGCUUAACAGCACAAAAAAUACGCUAAUGAAUACAAAGCGAGUGUCAGGCGGGGCCCAACACAAAUAUUGUAAUAAAUUAAUUAGCGCUAAAUAAAGAAAAUAGUUUUACUCAUAGUUCGACUCGUGAAUGCAAAACAAACAACUGAAAAAAAGCUACGAGUGGCUAGAAAGCAGAAUUUUAAUUAAAUUUAUUUUAAUUAAAUUGUUUUGAUUUCUGAGCUGCGAAAAGCAGGAAGAAUUCGCACAGAUUAUUGCGUUUUUCAAUUUUAACCAUUUGUGUUAUGAACGAGAUUUAUUUACUCGUUUCUUUGUUCUAAAAUUCCAUGCCCCUGGCCCCCAGUGAGUAGCUACUAACUAUUAGGAUAGGCUAGGUAUAAUGGCUUGGAUUGUGAGGCCAAUCAAGCAACAACAAGAGUCGCAUACUUCCGCAUUGAAAUUGGUGAAGACAAACCGGAUGUAGCUGUAAUUAAUAAUUGUAAAAAAUAAAACAGAAAGCGUACUCUUACUGUAGUUAAAUUUUAGCAUAUACCUAGUAUACUUUGCAUUGACAUGGGUCACGUUCUUUAUUGUACAUAAAACAUGCCGAAUGCUGCAUAAAUGGGCAAACGUUGAACAUUAAAACAAAAAGAGAAGAAAGCGAAAUACCAUAACAAUGAUCAAGUCAUAUCAAACGGCAUUCAAAAUGGUACUAAGAUUAUCCCAACUAACAUAACAAGUUGAACGUAAAAAUUCCAUUUCAAAAAAACUUAAAACUAUUGUAAAAUAUUUAUGAAUUCAUCAUUGUUAGCUCAGAUUUGUGUGUGCAUAAAAUUGAUUAGAGUAUUUAUUUUGAAAAGCAUUUGGGUUUUUGGUUUACACUUCCCGUUCCUGAUGGUUUUGCCAACCUAAAUGUUUCAUAAUCCCGGCUGGGGAGACGACUUCAAACAACAACUGUUGCAGGUGAAUUGCAUUUAAACUCAAUUUUAGUUAUUUAAUCUUUGACAAAAUCAAAACUAAAAUCAAACAAAGCCGCUAAAGUGCAUAAAUAAAUUUAAUAUCAAUAGUAAACAGAAAAUUGAAAUAAAACUACCGAGAUAUAUGUAUGUGCAAGAGCAAGAGUAAAUACCUAUAAAUAUAAAUGGUAAACUGUCUAAGCAAAUAAGUAUUUAUAUAUGUAUCUACAAAAUACGUAUGCAGGCGAACCACUAGAAAUGUUUUGCUAGAAAGAACUACGAAUCAAAUCAGAUAAUAAAUCAAAGAGACAGAGCCAAAACCGAAUAUAAAAACUCAAUUGACACCGCCACAAAAAGGAUAGGCGAAUCAAGCGAAUUUUGCCCACGGCAGCAUGACUACAAUAUUAAAGAGAUCCGAAAACAAUUAGUGUUAAAAAGCAUAGCCGUAAGUUGAAAUCAAAUUUGAAUACCAAAAUGCAUGUCUUUUUAUUCAGCAACACUCUUAUUUUAAUUGAUUGAGUUCUGACGCUGCGCGGAAACCUUUGAGAUUCCUUUUUUAUAAAACCCUCACAUAUAGUCGUGCAUAGCCAGGUGUAUAAAUUUCAAUUUAUUUGUAAAGUGUUUCCAAAGUCAAUACAUGGAAAUGAGCAGCUGGCGGAGCGGUACGUUUGAUAUAUUUAUUAAUAUUUAGCAAACAUAUUGUUAUCGAAUUGCAUUUAACUGCCCGAAACCAAAGUGAAAGCAUAAUGAAGGCAAACAAAGAUGGUAAAUAAAACUAGCAUAAUAAUAAACAUUUUAAA